AUGUCUCCAUCAGAAGAGCCUCCUAUCUCCUCCAAGUUUCUGCUCCGAAACAGAACUAACGAGUCUCCCUCACCCACAUCUGCGCAAAAGCUGUUCAAUUCCUUAAAAAAGGAGAUAGUCGAAACAAACGGACCUUCCUACCUUGAACGGGAAGGUAUUCCCCCUGAUAUUGGCUAUAUACUGGCUUUGAGCCUGUCUCAAGACGGCGAAGUCGAAAGCAAAAGUGUCAUAAUCUCGUACAAUCCAACUACUGAGACAUUGAACGUGAAGAUGCCCUCACACACUCACGCCUCCAUAAUGCCAUGGGCCGUAAAUGAAUUCACCAUAGCCUCGAUCUCCGGCUUUUGGUCAAUUACAGAGCUUGACGAGGUGUCACUCACAGGAAGCCCCGGCAUGCAUAACUUCCCAGCACCGUGGCAAAACGUAUACCUGGAGCCAGAUUUGGUAUUUGUGUACUCGGCGUCCGGUGCGCGCGACCUACCCACCGUUGUAUUUGAAGUAGGCUACUGGCAAUCCUGGCCAAGUCAAAUACAAAAUAAGAAUCUGUGGCUGGAGGCGGCAUCUAGCGUCAAUGUUGUCGUCUUGAUAAAGUGGAACCAGUGCAACAAUAGUAGGGUAGCCGGAUAUCUGGAGCUUUUUCGCCGUGGCAGCCCCCCGACUCACAUACAAAUCUUUCCAACCCCUGCGCCUGGAACCGCCCCCCAGACGCUCCCAUUCUAUCGCCAAGACUUCUACCCUCCUGGUGCAGUGCUGCCCGCCGGCCGAAAUGCCACUGACGUUUGGCACUGGAACAUGGAUAAUUUCCGCAUGAGGGCAACUAGCUCAAUGCUGCUGCCCCAAAUCUGGAAGAAUUGGCGACGGCAUGACAGUGAGUCCUUGUCCGCGGCUUUCUUCCUGUCCUGGGCCAUGGCCGGAGUUCCCCUCGGCGUCUACAAUAUUGCAGAUAAUUUCAAUAUUGCUCUCCAAGUUCAGCCAAAUAUUCUCAUCUUCCUAAGUCUCUUCACUUGGUCUCAAUGCAAGUACUACGGAGACAACUGGAGCCUAAAGAAAGCAGUGCCUGUUGCUAUAGCCAUUGGUGCAGUUCUUGGCGGUACUGAGGCCGGUCUCGUCUUUGCACUCCGCGUGGCCUACAAACGAGGUGAAAGGUGGCCAUCAACAUUGAUGGCAAUCCUUUCCGCCGUCCUUCUUGCGGCGGGAGUACUACGGCAUUACGUCGAUAUGUUUAGAACGCGGUCAGAUGCAGGCUUGUCUCUGAAAUUUGCCCUCCUCGAUGCGAGCGGAGAUGUGGCCUCGAUUUUGUCCGUGAUCUUUCAGCCUUCUCCGAGUAUUCUGGGACUAGUUAUCUACGGUACGGAGUUCGUGAUAUGGCUGGGGCUGAUGAUCAUUUUGUUAUAUUUUCGGGCUGCACAGCGAAGGAAAGCAAGAGACAUUCGAGCGGAUGGGCCAUCCGAUGGUGUGAGUAGCUAA